AUGAUUGAUCACAUUAGCUUUGAAAAGCAGGAGACGGGCAAGACAGCCAACUCAGCCAACUCAGCCCCAGGGCAUUCGAGGCCCUCAAACAAUAUCUCAGCUCAACAAAUUCGCGAUGAUUGGGACCGCCGGCAAGCUGAGGCACAGCGCCAGUCUGACCAAGCUGAACAGGAAUCAUCCAAUUCAAUUGAAGAAUCCAGGUCUCCAUCGGUAUUGAGGUCACCGGAGGACCCGAUCAAAAAGCGCAAGCGCCAACAAGCCAUUGCAAGGAUCAAAAAUAGCAAGGAGUUUGCUAAGCGCAAGGCUCGCUUUAGUGGCGAUUACGGUGAUGAGAAUGAUGACGAUUUCCUUGCGCUACAGAUCCAUGAAGAAAGAAACCGACCGAAACCGGGUCAGCUUGCAAACUGCGAGAUCUGCGACAAGCGUUUUACUGUAACUCCCUACAGCAAGGCCGGUCCGAACGGAGGAUUGCUUUGCGUUGAUUGCUCUAAGAAGCAAAAGAACGACGAGAAAAAGCCUCCGGCCAAGAAACGUGCCCCUGGAAUUGGACGCCGUCAGAAUCAAGCUAACCUACUUGAUGGGCUGACUCCUCAUGGCACUCAGAGUCUGCUGGAAACCUGCAUCAAGAAAGUGGCAGAUUAUAUCCAUGACGUUGAGGAUUUCGGUGAUUUGCCUCCUUCUUUGCUGUUACGUCUCGGUCAGAUCUUGUCCAGAAGGCGGGCCGUGACUUCACGGACCUUGGAUCUGUUCUUACGACCUCAAUACACAUCUAUCGACCUGUUCGAUUGUGCUAAACUUGGUACGGAUGAUUACCACAAGAUCCUGGCUUCCAUGCCUCGUCUUACAAAGGUCAAUCUUCGGUUUACCACUCCAAUGAAGGACCAGAUCUUCCACUAUAUGAUGGAGCGUGAUAUGAAGAUCAAAGAUCUCCAUCUAGAUGGGCCAAACCUUGUGACUGAUGCCUGUUGGCGCCAACUUUUCAUGAAACUUGGUCAUCGUUUCCUGAGCAUCAAGCUGUGGAACCUAGAUUCUACCUUUGAUAACGAAACUGCUCGAGUAAUGUGCCUUCAUUGCCCUAACCUUCAGCGAUUGAAACUGAAGUUUUUACACAAAAUUGGCAAUGACACGCUUGACGGAAUUUUGACGCUCAAGUCGCUUCAGCAUUUGUCGUUGCGUUUUCUUGGGGAGAUUGAGACUAAGACUGAGCCUCUCCUUGAAAUCCUGAGUAGUAUUGGCCCACAACUGGAAACCCUCUCUCUGGAGGAAUUCCAGUUCGCCGAUGAUCGACUCUUGCUGCAUAUCCAUGAGCACUGCAGUCAUCUGACCAAACUUCGUCUUACUCUCAAUUCGACCUUCACCGAUAAGGGUCUAGCCGCGUUCUUCACAGGCUGGUCUAAUCCGGCCCUUACCUAUGUGGACUUGAACUCCCUCCGGGACGUGGACAUGUCGAAUCCCGCCGGUCCGGAGGAGCCUAUAGGGCUUGCAUCCGAUGGCUUCGUUGCGCUCAUGGAACAUUCGGGCUCGAAAAUUCAACACUUGAACAUCGCGUCGUGCCGUCACGUUUCAUACAAAGCGUUCGAGCAGGUUUUCGCAGAAGGCAAGGCAUAUCCCAACCUCAAAUAUCUUGACAUUUCCUUCAGCACUGUCGUGGACGACUACAUUGCGCAGCGCAUCUUCCGGUGCUGUCCGGCCCUUCAGAGACUUGUUGUCUUUGCUUGCUUCAACAUUCGCGAUGUCCAUAUCCCUAGAGAACUUGCUCUGAUCGGGACUGUAGGAGCGACUAUCAAAAUCGAUGGAAUCACCCAGACUGAGACCAUCUGA